AGCGGAGUUAGGAAUGUUUGUUGCCGUCAGAUAAAGGAAAACUGAUUAGGGAGGAAACUUUGUGAAUCUCUCUCUCUCUCUGAAAGGGACAAAUUAAUAAGAGACGCGUGUUGUUUUUCUCUUAAUCCAUAAAGCCAACGAGACCCGCUUUUCAGAACCGAGUCAACCCGACCCGCCUUCGUCUCCUCUCCCUCGAUUGAUAGGCCGGUGCCUCCCGAAAUCACUGGGAAAGUCCAUCUAGUUUCUUUUGGGAUCAAGUAUGGCUGCAAAGGAACUGUUUUCUACCUCAAGCUUAGAAUCGAAGAUGACUGAGGAUCAUCACAUCUUGAUGCCAGCUAUGGAUAGGAGGAGCCCCUCCUCCACCGUCAGUGUUCUCCAAGGCAAUUUCCUUACUGUUGAGGACUCUGCUCUCCUUCCCAAAGAGGAAGAGAUUGAUAUUCUCUGGAGUCGUGUUAAAACUGCUACAGCGUUAUUGUCCUACCUGAAAUCGAAGGCAACUACUGUGGCUGCUGCUGAUUUGGCCUGUCUAUCUCUCGGAACUGACCACCUCCGAGGAUCCACCGAUGGACAUGAUGCCACUUUUGUCACUGAGAUGCUCAACCAUGUAGAGACCGUUACAGGCGUCAUGGAGUCUCUGGCUAGGCGUGCUAUAGUCGCCGAAUCACAAGCCGCAAUUGAGAAAGCCAAACUUAUAUUAAGUCAAGAAGAAAUUCAAAGAAAAGUUGGCCAAAUCGACAACAUGUCAACCAUGUUGGCGGACAUGGAAAAGUUUGCUCUUGGGACCAGUAGUAUUCUCUGUGAGAUGCGCCAGAGGGUUGAUGAUUUGGUCGAAGAGACGUCUAGGCAGAAGCUUAGAGCUACCGAAAAUGAGCAGGAACUCAGUCGUGUCAGGAGAGACUUUGAGUCCCUCAAAUCCUAUGUUACAAGUCUCAUCAGCGUCAGAGAAACACUCGUCUCAUCUGAGAAGCAGUUCCAAACAAUCGAGAGACUUUUUGAACGGCUUGUUGCCAAGACAACGCAGUUGGAAAGCGAGAAAGUACAGAAAGAAGCAGAAGUUCAGAAACUAAUGGAAGAGAAUGUAAGACUGACGGCUCUUGUGGACAAGAAAGAGGCACAGCUACUGGCCAUGAAUGAGCAGUGCAAAAUGAUGGCCCUGAGCUCUAUAUGAUGGCUUAUAGAUGAAGAUUGCUACUUUUUCUUUCUUCCACAUGUAACAUCAAGAAAUCCUCAUUUGAUACAACUGCCAUGUUUGUUGAUAUCCAAAAGGCAAAAAAAAAAAAUAUUGGUCCUUGGAAGACUCUAUAAAUAUGUUAAUAUACAUUCUGUGCUUGUUAAAUUGCAUUAUGGUUUGGCUU